CGGCCUUCUCUCCUCCCGCCCCUGCAGCAUCCCAAGCGGACCUUUUGAAGUUAACGUAUUUGGGUGAAGGCCUGAGUAGCCCCACUCAGUUUGCCAGUCUGGGCCUUGACAGAAGAACUUGCCGCAGAGUGAAGAGAUCCAUUGUCCUGGCUGAAAAGUGACCUGAAGAGAUGGAAGAGCAGGAAUUAUUUGGUCCUGAAUCAGGAGAAGGACCUCCUACCAUUCACGCUGGUAAGAGUGAGGAAUUCUGGGUGAGAUCUGCACCAGAGACCCCACAUAAGGACACCACCAGCUCAGACACAGAGUGCCAGCGCUUCAGGCACUUUUGCUACCAGGAGGCCGAGGGGCCCCGAGGGGUUUGCAGCCGACUCCACCAUCUUUGCUGUCAGUGGCUGAAGCCGGAAAGGCACAGCAAGAAGGAGAUUCUGGACCUGGUGAUCCUGGAGCAGUUCCUGACUGUCCUGCCCCCGGAGGUGGAGAGCUGGGUGAGAGAGUGCAGAGCAGAGACCAGUUCCCAGGCGGUGGCCCUGGCAGAAGGAUUCCUCUUGGGCCAGGCGGAGGCCAAGGACCAGGAAGGGCAGGGGCCUUUUGGAGGGACUGCUGAUUUCCCUGAGACUGAGAAGGAUCAACCAGAGUCCAGACACAGGCCACUCUUUGGGGCGAUCCCAUUGGAGGGUGAUGGAAGUGCCACCCCACUGGGUAGUGGAAGGACGCUGCCUGCUUGUUGCAGGCCUCUUUAUGAGAGAACGAAGGCAUCAUUGUUGCAGUCAGAUCAGGGUCUGGUGACCUUUGAGGAUGUGGCUGUGUGCUUCUCAGAGGAGGAGUGGGCUUUGCUGGAUCCGGGCCAAAAGACUCUGCACAAGGAAGUCAUGGCGGAGAAUUGUAGGAACCUGGCCUCUCUGGAGACAGAGAGCAACGGAUUGGGAAAACAGCGCAGAAGGAAAAAUAAAACUAAACUGCAAGUGAGGAACGAAUCUACUGUUUUUGAAUAUUCCAAUUUCCAUGGAAUUCCAGACCCAAAAGGAAGUCACACAGAAAGCAAAGGGAAUAUAUUCCCUGUAUAUGCAAAAAUCUCAAAUGAUAAAGCAAAUCUUGGAUGCCAUGAUAAAAUAAGAAACAGGGAGAAGAUGUUGAAAUCAGCAAUGUGUAGAAAGAGUUUGAGUCCAAGCAACAUCUUUAUUUUACAUAAAAGACAGGACUCAGAGGAAAAGCAACACAAAUGUUUAGUGUGUGGAAGGAGCUUUAGUCAGACUUUAAGCCUUGCUUCACAUCAAAGAAUCCAUACUGGGGAGAAACCAUAUCAGUGCUCAGAGUGUGGAAGGAACUUCACUUGGAGAAAAAACCUAGUUUCCCAUCAAAGAAUCCACACUGGAGAGAAACCAUAUCAAUGCUCAGACUGUGGAAAAAGUUUCAGUCAUAGCUCAAAUCUUGCUUGCCAUCGAAGAAUUCAUACUGGAGAGAAACCAUAUCAAUGCGCAGACUGUGGAAAGAGCUUCUGUGACAACUCAAGCUUUGCUUUCCAUCGAAGAAUCCACACUGGGGAGAAACCAUAUCACUGUUUAGAGUGUGGAAAGAACUUCAGUCAUAGCUCAAACCUUGCUUCCCAUCGAAGAAUCCACACUGGGGAAAAACCAUAUCAGUGCUCCCAGUGUGGAAAGAGCUUCAGUGAACACUCAAGCCUUGCUUCCCAUCGAAGAAUCCACACUGGGGAGAAACCAUAUCAGUGCUUAGAAUGUGGAAAGUCCUUCAUUGAUAAUUCAAGCCUUGUUUCCCAUCAAAGAAUCCACACUGGGGAGAAACCAUAUCAGUGCUCAGAAUGUGGAAAGAACUUCAGUUACAGCUCAAAUCUUGCUUCCCAUCGAAGAAUCCACACUGGGGAGAAACCAUAUCAAUGUUCUGCAUGUGGCAAGAGCUUCACUCAGAGAUCAAACCUUGCUUCCCAUCAAAGAAUCCAUACUGGGGAGAAACCUUACCAAUGCUCAGAGUGUGGCAAGAAUUUCAAUGACAACUCAAGCCUUGCUUCCCAUCGAAGAAUCCACACUGGAGAGAAGCCAUAUCAGUGCGUAGAGUGUGGAAAGAACUUCAGUCGCAGUUCAAAUCUUGCUUCCCAUAGAAGAAUCCACACUGGGGAGAAACCAUAUCAGUGCUCAGAUUGUGGAAAAAGUUUCAGUGAAAACUCAAGCCUUGCUUCCCAUCGAAGGAUCCAUACUGGGGAGAAACCAUAUCAGUGCUCAGAGUGUGGAAAGAGUUUCAAUGUAAACUCAAGGUUUGCUUCCCAUCAAAGACUCCACACUGGAGAGAGACCGUAUCAGUGUUUAGAGUGUGGAAAGAGUUUCAGUUGCAAUUCAAACCUUGCUUCCCAUCGAAAAAUCCACACUGGGGAGAAACCAUAUCAGUGCUCAGACUGUGGGAAGAGCUUCAUUCAGAGAUCAUACCUUUCUUCGCAUCAAAAAAUCCACACUGGGGAGAAACCAUAUCAAUGCUCAGACUGUGGAAAGAGCUUCAACAACAAAUCAAGCCUUGCUUCCCAUCGAAGAAUCCAUACAGGGGAGAAACCAUAUCAGUGCUCAGUGUGUGGAAAGAGCUUCAGUCGCAGCUCAAUCCUUGCUUCCCAUCGAAGAAUCCACACUGGAGAGAAACCAUAUCAAUGCCCUGAGUGUGGAAAGAGCUUCAUUCAAAGCUCAAACCUGACUUCCCAUAGAAAAAUCCAUACUAGGGAGAAGCCCAGAGCAGUGUUUUCCAGCCUUUUUUCCAUGGAGGAAUACCUAAGUUAAUUUUUCAAAUCCUACAGAAUCUCUACUCAUGAAAACAUUUACAAGCCAGAAAAAGUUGAUGGCAGGGAGCUCUAUUCAAUUACUGCUAAAUUAUUGUUAAGAAAAUUUAUUUGUAAGGAGCUGCUAUAUACAUCAGCUUACAUUGUAAGAAAAAAA